CAUCUCGACACCGUCCGAAGAUGGGGCUCCCUCAUCCAUGCUCAGAGCUACCCACGAACGCGGCUGACCUUCUGCAGCGUUACAGCAUCCACGUCAGAGUUGCUAAGUUCGCUAUCAGCGACGCGGAGUAUCAAAAGAGCGUAAUCUCCAAAGAGGGAUGGGACCUGCAGGACAAGUCGGGCGUCGUCAUUCCUUACCAUGUCUACUGGGGGCCCUUAUACCCCCCUGCGGGUGUGGGGCGAGUCGGCGACGUCUUCGUCGACAGCAAAAGUCACUCGCUAUGGGCCCGUCUUCGGAGGGGCUGGAAGGAGUGGAGAGGCCCUACGCCAACGGAGGAGACGAGCAAAGUUAACCUGAAUGACAAAGGGCGGCAGCAGUUCAAUUCGUUUCUCAUUGGUCACCCUGAUCUUCCGGCAGUUGAUCGUUACCUAUGGUACCAAGACCAGAAGGCUGGCUGGUUCACUCGUGCGGUCGUUCACAGCAGCAGACGGCAAGACAUGCGCCGACUGGGUUUAGGUGGCGAAGCUUGCGAAAAGGAGUAUCGUGCCAGUGGCAGGGCCGUGCUGGCGGAUACCAUCAAAAUCCUCGAGAAGCAGACACGAAAGCGAGACAGGGUGGAGGAUGUCGCUGAUAUGAGUAUUACUAGCAGGGCUCACAAGAAGCCACGGACCUCUGUGGACACUGCAGAGAACACGAUAGACCCCGGUGAAUCGGCGAGCAAACUCAAAAAGAGCGGGCGUAACGACGAACUUAAUGUGGGUCCUAUGGAGGAUGUGAUGAAGGCAUUUGGGAAAGCGAUGGAGCAGGCCGUAACGAACCAUUCGGACGAUGCGCUUCGGGCCGCUGAAGUCAAGAUACAGACCAUGCAGCAACGGGUUUAUGAACUCCAACUUCAGCACGUCACAGAAUCGAGCAAGUUCAAUACAGAGCUCACAAAAGCUCAAGAGAAGAUUGAAAAACUGACAAAAGACAAAGAAGGGCUCGAGGAGCAGCUCUGGAUCGAGGCAGAAUGUCACAAGAAGACGCAGAAGCGAUACGACAAAUUGCACGGCAAAGUGCAGCGGAUGCAUGAGACUAUGCACGAUUUGUUUCCCAAGAUGGGACGAGACUCGCGAGAGGGCGAACAAGGGGACGAAAGCGAAGGGCGGUGAUUGGCGGAGGCAUCGGAGGCGUCGGCGGAGGAAGCCGGCGGUAAAGGAGUGACGUAACAGCAGUUAAUGAGCGAUCGCGUGGCGCUAAUCGAUUUUGAUGAGCCUCGGCCCUCGACGGAGCUUGACGAGGAC